AGCAGGUGCUUGAACAUACCCUCAACAGCUAUGACUUUCGAAAUGCAUUGUGGGACAGGGUGCCGAUAGAAAGCUUCUCGAAGGAACUGCAAAGAUGAUGCCCGCAUCGGUAAUUCUGCUGAAGGAGGGGACAGAUACAUCUCAGGGCAUUCCCCAGCUCAUCAGUAACAUCAAUGCCUGUCAGGUAAUAUCUGAGGCUGUCAGAACCACCCUGGGGCCUAGAGGGAUGGACAAACUGAUGGUGGACAGCAGAGGUAAGGCCACAAUCUCCAAUGAUGGAGCCACCAUCCUGAAACUUCUGGAUGUGGUUCACCCUGCAGCCAAAACCCUGGUGGACAUUGCUAACUCCCAGGAUGCAGAGGUUGGGGACGGCACCACCUCUGUCACCCUCCUGGCUGCUGAGUUCUUGAAGCAGCUGAAGCCAUAUGUGGAGGAGGGUCUCCACCCUCAGACCAUCAUCAGAGCAUUUCGCAUUGCCACCAACCUCGCUGUCAACAAGAUCAGGGAGAUUGCUGUCUCUGUGAAGAAAGACGACAAGCAAGAGCAGAGGCAGCUGUUGGAGAAGUGUGCGGCCACAGCCCUGAACUCCAAGCUAAUUGCUGGUCAGAAGGAGUUCUUCUCCAAAAUGGUGGUGGAUGCUGUGGCGUCUCUGGACGAACUGCUGUCCCUGAAGAUGAUCGGUAUCAAGAAGGUCCACGGAGGAGCUCUUGAGGAUUCCCAUUUGAUCUCUGGGGUCGCAUUCAAGAAGACCUUCUCCUACGCUGGGUUUGAGAUGCAGCCUAAAUGCUAUGAGAAUCCGAAGAUUGCUUUGCUCAACGUGGAGCUGGAGCUAAAGGCUGAAAAAGAUAAUGCUGAAGUCCGCGUGAAAUCUGUGGAGGAAUACCAGGCCAUCGUGGACGCUGAGUGGAACAUCCUGUAUGACAAACUGGAGAAGAUCUAUCAGUCAGGAGCUAAGGUGGUGUUGUCCAAGUUGCCCAUCGGUGAUGUUGCCACCCAGUAUUUCGCCGACAGAGACCUGUUCUGUGCUGGCAGGGUGCAGGAGGAGGACCUGAAGAGGACUAUGAUGGCCUGCGGAGGCUCCAUCCAGACCUCAGUAGGAGCGCUGACAGACGAUGUCCUGGGACAGUGUGAAGUCUUUGAGGAGAUCCAGGUCGGAGGAGAAAGGUAUAACUUCUUUAAGGGCUGUCCCAAGGCAAAGACCUGCACCAUCAUCCUGAGGGGCGGAGCAGAACAGUUCACAGAGGAGACAGAGCGAUCGCUGCAUGAUGCCAUCAUGAUUGUGCGCAGAGCCAUUAAGAAUGACUCCAUUGUGGCUGGUGGAGGAGCCAUAGAGAUGGAGCUGUCGAAGUACUUAAGGGAUUAUUCCAGGACCAUCCCUGGAAAACAGCAGCUGUUGAUUGGCGCGUACGCCAAGGCUCUGGAGAUCAUCCCUAGACAGCUGUGUGACAACGCCGGUUUUGAUGCCACAAACAUCCUGAACAAACUGCGUGCCAAACAUGCACAGGGUGGUAUGUGGUACGGUGUGGACAUCAACAAUGAGGACAUCGCAGACAACUUCGCUGCCUGUGUCUGGGAGCCAUCUAUUGUGCGGAUCAAUGCUCUGACAGCAGCGUCAGAGGCAGCCUGCCUCAUCCUGUCAGUCGACGAGACGAUCAAGAACCCCCGCAGUUCAGUGGAUGGACCGCCAGGUGGCAGGGGCAGAGGCCGUGGGAGACCACACGCACACUAAGAGGAAGCAGGAACAAACCCUCAUUUUAAACUGGCAUUAAAAUCCAAAUGCAGAUAGAAGAUGGUGUCAGGUUACAAUUGUAGAUCGUGUUGAAUGUAACUUGGGAUGUUUGACUGCAUUUAGAUUUGAUUUCUACAUAAAAUGAGGUGUAGUCAGUCAUGCACACAUUGCAAAAGACAGGUGUAGUAAAACAAAAGGGGGACAGCAGGCGUUGGUCUCGCAGUUUCAAGACAGAUUCUUUGUACUUUGUAAAAAUGGCUCUUUUUUUUCCACCUGUAGCUUUUUCUUCCCAAAAGCUUGACGGUUAUGUUUGUAACAUUUCAAGUACUGCAUCUUUCCACCUGUAGCCAUUUUAACAACAAAUGAUAUUGAAAUACAAGCAGAAUGAGGUUAGUCCUUCUGUCCAGCUCCUCCUCUCUGACCUGAAGUUGCUGCCUGAUUCUGUCUAACCUGUGUUUACUGGCACAAUGUGUAAGAUGGAAAGUCAAGCACUGGUGGGAUGUUGAGCAGUUCUGAACCGUUCAUUGGUUACACUGUGUGAAUCUAUUUAUUGGCCCAUUCUUAUCAAUAAAUUCACAGUUGAAAUCAUCA